AUGGAGACGGCGCCGCCGCCUCCCGCGGCGUCCAAACUCACCCUCAACGACGUCGUCGGGUAUCCCCGGCCGGGAUACGACGUCCCCGAGCUGUACGCGUUCUCCCCCGACGAUGGUCUAGUCACGUCGUUGUGUGCGCCGGAGCGAGGAACGUCGUCCAGGAAUCUCUACGCGUUCGACACCGCGACAGGGACGACGAAACUGCUGUGCACGCCGCCGCCGACGCGUUUACACUUCGAAGGCGACGAUGAGAGCGGGUACUCCGCCCCGGAGGCGAUGCAGCGCGAGCGCGCGAGGGAGACGGGGAAAGGGCUGACGAGCUACGAGUGGGCGUCCAGUUCCCAUCGCGCGGACCACCGCGCGUCGCCAUCCGGCGUCCAAGGCGGCGACCUGCGUUUGGUCGCGCGUUCGGCCGAAGGCUCGCCCGUGCUCGACGCGAAGAUCUCCCCGGACGGCAAGUGGGUCGCGUUUGUGCGCGAUGACGAGAUCCGCGUCGCGUCGUGCGACGCCAACUCGUGCGCGCGAGUGACGUACGGCGCGCAUAACAACCCUUCCGUGACGCACGGACUCGCGGAGUACAUCGCUGCCGAGGAGAUGCGCCGAGAUCGCGGGUUUUGGUGGCGCCGCGACGGCGGCGCCCUCGCCUUUUGCCGCGUCGACGUCUCCGCGAUUCCGACGGUGAGAAUUCCGUGCACGUUGGGAGCGCAGCGCGCGGGGACGCGCAUCGUGGAAGAGCACGCGUACCCGUUCACGGGGGGAUGCAACGCGUACGUGAGGUUAGGCGUCGUCGACGUACCUUUUUCGGGGGAUCCCGACGACGAUCCGACCGCGCACGACGUGACGUGGAUGGAUGUCAAUUGCGGCCCGGCGAGCUUGGGCGGCGCGGGCCUGGAGGAGGAGUACCUCGCCGCGGUGGACUGGUCCCCGAGAGGGGACUUCUUGAUCGCGCAGAUACAGAGCCGGGAUCAGAAGACGAUGAAAGUCGUGCGGUUGGAUCCGACGACGGGCGAGCGCGCGACGAACCCGCGCGACGGCGGGACGUGUCUGCACGUUGAGCGGAACGACGCGUCGUGGGUCUCGAUCCACAACAUGCUGUACGCUCCACGCGACGCCGUCUCCGGCGCGCGCUACGGCGACUUCAUCUGGGCGUCCGAGAAGACCGGGUACAUGCACCUGUACUACCACGACGGCGUCGACGGCGAGUGCGCGCACGCGAUCACCGGCGGGGAGUGGUGCGUAGACGAACUCAUCGGCGUGGACGAAGGCCGCGGGUUCGUGUACUUCACCGCGUCGAAGCUCGGGCCGCUGGAGAGGCACCUGUACCGCGCGCGUUUGUUUCCGACCCUGGACGCUUCGUGCGCUUCCGCUUCUACCACCACGUCUGACGCCGCCACGUCGCGCCCGCGCGUGCCGCGGUGCCGGCGUCUGACGCGCGAGAGAGGCUACCACUCCGUCGCGAUGGACCACGCGGGAAAGCGGUUUUUGGACGUUUACGACAGCGUGAACAACGCCCCGAACGCGAUGUUGCGUAUGCUGCCGACGGAUGACGACGACGACGUGUGUAACGGCAGCAGCGGCGGCGGUCGAAAUCUGAUCCCCCCGUCGCUCGUGACGGUUGCCGCCGCCGACGGAUCGACGACGCUCCACGGCGCGCUCUACCUCCCGGACGAGGACCCGGAGUUGGCGUCGGCGCGCAACGCUUUGCGUCCCGGAAUCGUCAUCGUCUACGGCGGACCUCAAGCGCAAGAGGUGCAAAACACGUGGCGUCUCACGUCCGACGUGCGCGCGCAGUUUUAUCGACAACUCGGGUACGUCGUGUUUAAGCUCGACAACCGAGGGAGCUCGCGUCGAGGGCACGCGUUCGAGGCGGCGUUGAAGAACGCGUUCGGCGACGUCGACGUGAACGAUCAGAUCGAAGGCGUGAGGUGGCUCGUGAAUCACGCGCGCGUGGAUCCGGACCGAGUGGGCGUCAUCGGAUGGUCGUACGGAGGAUUCGUCGCCGCGACGUGCGUAUUGAAAGCUCCGGGGACGUUCGCCGCCGCGUGCGCGGGCGCGCCGGUGACGCGUUGGGAGCUGUACGACACGCACUACACCGAGCGAUUCUUGGGUGCGCCGAACAAGAGGCGAGACGACGACCCCUACGCGCGCGCAAGCGUCCUGUCGCACGUCGACGGGUUCGCGCGCGGAAAACUUCUCAUCGUGCACGGGAUGCUCGACGAGAAUGUGCACUUCUCGCACUCCACGGCGCUCGAGGACGCGAUAAAGGCGGCAUCGGCGCGGAGGACGCGCGAGCUCGGAGAGGACGCCGGGACGAGCGGCGAGCUCACGUUGCUUCCUUUUCCCACGGAGCGGCACGUGAUGCGCAGGACGCACAAUAGGAAAACGGUCGAGUCCGCGAUGUUUCGGUUUUUUCAGGACGCGCUGAUGGGCGAGGGCGGCGGGUGGAGCGAUGGCGAGAGCUUCCACGAUUGGGAUUAG